CUGUGGUACUCCAUACCUUCUUUUCACUGUCUAUGGUCGACACACAGUGCUUCCUACAGGGGGCGGGUGACUAAACUCAACCCGGAACUUUGCAUGGUCAAUAAUUUUUGGAAACCUCUCCACCUAGGCACAUAGGUUCUCCAAAAUAGUUGAAAAUAUAAUUCACUCUCGGAUUAUUGUCGUCCUCUCUAGGGAGAGAUUUCAAAUGCUUCCAGUCCCGAUUUCGGCGCUUUCGCGAGGACAGUAAUUUUUCUUUUCAAACAGAGUCUUAGGAGGACACACAUACACACACUUCAAGAUGCCCCAACAGGAUAUUGUGAAGAUUGCCAUCCAGAUGCCAGGGGCAUACCCUCAGCUCAUUCAACUGGACCAGAAAAAGCCCCUUUCUGCUGUAAUAAAGGAGGUUUGUGAUGGGUGGAAUCUUCCAGGCCCUGAUAACUACGCCCUCCAGUAUGCCGACGGUGUUCAGACCUACAUCACUGAAUCUAACCGUCUGGACAUUAAGAAUGGCUGCAUUCUCCGUCUGACCAAGGCACCGGGCCGUUGUGCCGAGGACCUCUACAAGGGCAUCCAGAGCUCAGACUCAGGUGUGCGCUGUGAUUCGCUGAAGCAGCUGGCCUGCGUGUCCACUGACGUCACUUUUGCCCAGGAGUUUAUCAGCCGUGAUGGCCACUCUCUGCUGGUGAAGAUCGUAGAGGACGCUGACGAGGCCCCUUUGAUCAUGACCCACACACUGACAGGCUUCAUGGAGUUGAUGGACCAUGGGAUUGUAUCAUGGGAGAAUCUUUCUGCUGUCUUCAUCAAGAAGAUUGCUAACUUCGUCAAUGCCAAGGUACUGGACGCAUCCAUCCAGCAGGUGUCCCUGGCCAUCCUGGAGAGCAUGGUGCUGAGCAGCAGCAGCCUCUUCCAGCAGGUCAAGCAGGAGGUCACUCUGGAGAGACUCCUCUCACAUCUGCAGGUGACAAACCAACAGAUUCAAACCAAAGCCAUGGCCCUCCUCAUGGCUCUGCUACAGACUGCUGGAGAUGCAGACAGACAGGAGCUGUUUGCCUUCUUAGGAAUGAAGAAUCUUCGACAGUACAUCUAUAAGAACAUUAUCCAUAGUUCUGCCUCCGUGGGGGAUGAGAUGGCCCACUACCUGUAUGUCCUCCAGUCUGUCACUCUGAACCACCUGGAGCCUCGCAUGAGGAUGCCCCUGGACUCCUACAACCAGGACCAAAGGGAGAUUCUACACGGCCUGCGGCAGGCAGCCUUCGAGACGGAGAGUGAGAACAGCUUGAGUCAUGAGCGACGGCGCUCUCUCUGUGCCAAGGAGUUCAAGAAGCUGGGCUUCUCUAACAACAGUAACCCAGGUCAGGACCUGCUGCGGGCCCCUCCUGGCCUGCUGGCUCUGGACACCAUGGCCUACUUCGCCUCCCGCUACCCCGAUGCCUACAGCAGGUUUGUUCUAGAAAACAGCAGUAGGGAGGAUAAGCACGAGUGUCCAUUUGCCCGCAGCAGCAUCCAGCUGACUCUAAUCUUGUGUGAGAUCCUACGCAUCGGAGAGCCCCCCUCAGAGACUGGUUCAAACUACCACCCCAUCUUCUUCUCUCAGGACCGGCUGCUAGAGGAGCUUUUCUGCGUCUGCAUCCAGCUGAUCAACAAGACCUGGAAGGAGAUGAGAGCCACGCAGGAGGACUUUGACAAGGUAAUGCAGGUUGUGCGUGAGCAGAUCACUAGGACGCUGUCCAGUAAGCCCACGUCUCUGGAGCUGUUUAAGAACAAGGUGAAUGCUCUGAACUACAGUGAGAUCCUCAAACUACGCCAGACAGAGCGGCUGCACCAAGAGGAGACCCUCGCCCCGCCUGUAUUAGAGCUGAAGGAGCGUCUGAAACCUGAGCUGUUGGAGCUGAUUCGCCAGCAGAGACUGAACCGCCUGUGUCAGGGAACACUCUUCCGCAAGAUCAGCAGUCGACGAAGACAGGAUAAGUUGUGGUACUGUCGUUUGUCACCCAAUCACAAAGUCCUGCACUUUGGCGAUGUGGAGGAGGACACAGAAACACCCCCCAUCGAGAGUCUCCAGGAAAAGAUUCCUGUUGCAGAUAUCAAAGCACUGCUGACAGGGAAAGACUGCCCUCACAUGAAGGAGAAUAAGGGCAAACAGACCAAGGAAGGGUUGGACCUGGCUUUCAGCAUCACUUAUGACGUGGAGGAGUACAGCCUCAACUUUAUCGCCUCAUCCAGAACAGACUUCUGCCUGUGGACAGAUGGACUGAGCGUGCUCUUGGGGCGGGACAUGAGUAGUGAAUGCAUGAGGAGUGAGCUGGAUAUCCUGCUUUCCAUGGAGAUCAAGCUCCGCCUCCUGGACCUGGAGAACGUGCCCAUCCCAGACUGCGCCCCCCCGGUGCCCAAACCCCCCAGCAACUUUAACUUCUGCUACGACUUAAGCCAGGCUGAGCAGUAGGCCUGGAGAGAGGUCAAGGCAUGGUAGAGAAGGAGACCUGGGUCUUGUUCAGGAGGAUGUAACGUUACAGAAUGUUUGGAUAGAAAUGCAUGAAGUAGAACAUACAUGAUCAUCUGUCCUAUGGAAUAGGGGCGUAUGUCAGUUCUAUUCAUUCUAUUUCUAUCUGCAACGUUCAGAAUGUUUCAUGUCACUGAAUGUACCCCAAUAACGACCAAGCAUGUGGACAUAGCUAGAUACACAGGAGGAACAGUGGCAACAUGGAGGCCUAGAUGGACAUAAAGAUGAUCUAAAGCAGAGGCAAAGGUGUCUUCUUAUAUGGGCGGAGUAAUGUAGAAGACGAGAGGCUGAAGAUGAUUCCUUAGGUACUAUUAGAGUGGUCAUCUUUUUGGGUGUGGUCUGGGAACACAAGUGUAUUGUAACUGUAGAAAUGAAUAACAGAAAGGAAACGCUGCACACUGCUGCUCCCAGGUGAUAUUUAUUUAUAACAACGUUUCAACCCUUAGGUCUUCAUCAGGCAUCCAUAUCCCAGGUGGGGGUGGAAGGUCCUAUAUAUAGGGGCAGUUCUCAGUGACAUUACUUCCUGAAACGGGAGGUAAAAAAUAUAUAACAUAGGUUGACAAUAUUAACAUUCAAUGUAUCAAAAUAUAUGAUCAUACACAAUGUGAUCAAUAUUUACAGUAAUAUAUAUAUAUACAAUACAAUAUUAAAUUAGGAUAAAAAACAAUCAUUUGGACAUUUUGAAACUAUAAAAACGGUUUUCAAGAAUUACCCACAAAAUGACAAGUGGCUAAUGAAGGGAGUUAUGUUUUCUAUAGUUGAAUGCUUCAUACUUUAGCAUUACUUGUCUUCAGCGUUUCUCCCAUUCUGACUUCGGGCGUCACCUCUCCAUGGCUCCAGUCCUUCACAGUCCUCUGUGUAUUGUGUUUGGGCAGAGUUCAUGUUUCGUUUUGGUCAUAUCUGUGUUUAAGUUUUUCUAGUUUUUCAACUUUUUGGGGGUUUUCUAUAAACUGAUACCUUUGUGAAACAGGCAGCAUGACAGCUCUUCUGAACGUACUGAACCAAAGGAUUGAAACAGAACAAAACAAUACAUAAAUAUUUUUGUAUAUAUAUAUAUAUAUAUAUAUAUAUGCCUCUGAGACAGAAUCACUUGUUUUGACGUUUACAUUUUACAUUUCAGUAAUUUAGCAGACGCUCUUAUCCAGAGCGACUUACAGGAGCAAUUACAGUUAAGUGCCUUGCUCAAGGGCACAUCGACCCUUGAGCACCUAGUUGACAUGGUACUUAACAACUUGACCUUCUACACCAACAGAAUCCUGUCUAGCAGAUUGUAACGGGCUUUAUUAGUCUUUACAGGAUAGGUACAGUUUGGCGUAGCACAUAGCAUUUUCCACCAACCUUAAAGGGAUUCUCUGGUACUUUUGUAUACUUUUUAGACAGUUGUUCUGAAAGUAGCACCCAUGAGCCAAAAGUGGUCCCCGAAUAUUGCGUAAUACAUUGCAUGUGCAGAUAUGUGUACCACGUCAUUGCUCUCUUUCUCUCACUCUGCUGUGUAUGAUUCUUGCUAGUGGUCACUCAAGUGGCUAGGGGGUCAAUCUCAUUAGCUGGAACUGGAAUUGCUAGGGGACUGGCCCACAAAGGGGAAAUGGUGCAGAUAGUAUCGCCAAGUUAAGGUUGGUCGAAAAUUCUCUGUGCUAUGCCUAACAGUACUUUUUCUGUAAUGGCUAAUGGAGCAUCACAUUAGCCCGUUACAAUCUUCUAGCUAGCAGAAUCCUAACUCCCUGUUCUAAAGUGGUACUUUAAUAAUUUGAAGACAGAAACAAGAAAAUAGAGGUAACCAAGAUAAUCAGGCUCCAAGCCUGGUAGAAUCCCUAUUUAUAAUAUAUGAAAUAUCCUUUAUAUGUACAGUGCCUUCGGAAAGUAUUUAGACCCAGUGACUUUUUCCACAUUUUGUUAUGUUACAGACUUAUUCUAAAAUGAUUUUUUUUUUUUUUAUUCUCAGCAAUUUACACACAAUA